AUGCCUUCGAUAGGACCGACCAUGCCUCCACAUCUCUCGAAACGCGGUCGCGACGGUGACGACGAUCGCGAAUCAAGUCCAGAGUCCGGGGACAAGCGUAGACGAGUCAUCGGCCCAGCACCUCCGCCUUCCGCAUCUUCACCUCCGCGUAUAGCUGGUCCUUCACUGCCACCAGAUGUGCAAUCACGAUCGCGGUCUAGUACUGUGGAUAGCGACGUCGGCCCUACGCCUCCUCCAGCCUCGAAGCCAGCGCGUGUAGUUGGACCUGCUUCACCACCAGCACCUCUUGAUGAGCGACCGCCCAAUCCACCAGACAGCGAUUCAGACAGCAGCGAUGACGACUUCGGACCCGCGCCGCCUCCACCUGGCGGAGUGGUUCCAGGCUUCGACAACGACAUGGAGAGAUCAGCAUUCGAUACCGAACCACAAUUCACAGAAGCGCCGAAGAAGGCACAGCGAGACGAGUGGAUGACAUUACCACCUACACAAGACGAUCUCGCUGCGCGAAUGGACCCCACGAAGAUGCGCGCACGCAAAUUCAACACAGGCAAGGGCGCAGGAGGGGCAGGAGGCAUGAGCAGCGCAUGGACAGAGACACCAGAGCAGAAGCUCAAGCGGCUGCAAGACGAAGCUUUGGGUAUAACCGCGCCUACGAAUUCUGGGCCUGCGACAUCGGAAUCUAAGCGCAGCAAAGAGGAGGGGAGGAGGGCACGCAAGAUGCGCGAGAAAAUUGAUGCGACACGGGGCAAGAGUUUGGUCGAGCAACAUCAGGACAAGGGUACGGGCAAGGAGAAGGAAGACGACCCCAGCAAGCGCACAUUCAAUUACGAAAAGGACAUGGCUGUGAGCGGGAACCUCAAUCACAAACAGAAGAGAGAGAUACUCAGCAAGUCAAAAGGCUUCGGCGAUCGCUUCUCGAGCGGUAACUUCCUAUAG